GGGUCUCAGCAGAGAGCUGGGGUGGGAACUAGGAACUAAGGACAUCCUCUUGGAGCACCUUGGCAGAGUCGCUCCUUCCCCCUCGGGAUCCCUUAGUUUUCCCAGCCAUGAAAUGGGAGGCAGGCAGAUAGGUGAGCGAGGGAGUGGUGGCAGAAGCCCCUAGGAGGCUGCUCCUGGGGUCUGGGGUGGGUGGUGAUGGCAGGAACCUUUACAAAGCAAUGGGAGCUCCACACUCCAUAUUAUGUGAUUGAGGUGAAAAAGGAACACCCCCCAACACACACACACAGUCUGAGGAAGACACCCUUUCCCUCCCAGCCACACUCACCUCUGUCAGUCCUUUUGAGCCCCAACAGCUCUGUGCUCCCUACACCCCAGGGAAGGGUUAACUGAUUUGGGGCAGGUUGCCCCUGGACAAGUCCCCUGGGAGGUGUCCCUUCCUUUGCUUCUUCACCCUAACCAGGCCUCCAUUUGCCUUCCUUCCCAGAGCAGACAAUGGCAAGCACUGUUGCAGUUCCGACCUGGGCUCUGGCCCUCAUCUUAGCGUUUGCAAGCGCCCAGGCACAGAAGGGCUUCUGGGACUACUUCAGCCAGAGCAGCGGGGACAAAGGCAGGGUGGAGCAGAUCCAGCAGCAGAAGCUGGCACGGGAGCCCGCGAGGCUGAAAGACAGCCUUGAGCAAGACCUCAGCAAUAUUGACAAGCUCCUGGAAAAGCUAGGCCCUCUGAGUGGGCAGGGGAAGGUGACUCCCGGGCUCCCACGCGACCCGGCGGGCAUGUGGCAGCGGCUGCAGGAGGAGUUGGAAGAGGUGAGGGCACGCCUGGAGCCCUACAUGGCAGAGGUACACAAGCGCGUGGGCUGGAACCUGGACGGGUUGCGGCGGCAGCUGAAGCCCUAUACCAUGGAGCUGAUGGAGCAGGUGGCCCUGCGCGUACAGCAGCUGCAGGAGCAGCUGCGCGUGGUCGGAGAGGACACCAAGACCCAGCUGCUGGGGGGCGUGGAUGAGGCGGGGGGCCUGCUGCAGGAACUACAGAGCCGCGUGGCGCACCACACCGACCGGGUCAAGGCGCUCUUCCACCCCUACGCCGAGCGCCUGGUGUCCGGCAUCGGGCGCCACGUGCAGGAGCUGCACCGCAGCGUGGCCCCGCACGCCGCCGCCAGCCCGGCGCGCCUCAGCCGCUGCGUGCAGGUGCUCUCGCGCAAGCUCACGCUCAAGGCCAAGGCCCUGCACGCGCACAUCCAGCAGAACCUGGACCGGCUGCGGGCAGAGCUCAGCGCCUUUGCCAGCACCGGCGCUGGCGCGGACAGCGCGAAGGAAGGGGCCGUCCCGGACCCCCAGGUUCUGUCCCAGGAGGUUCUCCAGCGACUCCAGGCUUUCCGCCACGACACCUUCCUGCAGAUCGCCGCCUUCACCCACGCCAUUGACCAGGAGACUGAGGAGGUCCAGCAGCAGCUGGCGCCGCCCCCACCAGGCCACCAUGCCUUCGCCCCAGAGUUCCUCCAAGCUGACAGCGGCAAGGCCCGGAGGGAGCUGCAGGCCCGUCUCGACGACCUGUGGGAAGAUAUCAGCUACAGCAUUCAUGACCAUGGUCUCGGUCAUGGGGGAGAACCCUGAGGGUCUACUUGCCCAGGCCCACUUCCCGGCUCCUUUUCUGGAGAACCCAGGACCUGAGCCCCUAGCAUAGCUCGGUCCUUGACUGUGGCCUGUUGGGCAAAGGGUGGAAGGCCCUGCCCAGGAUAGGAGAGGCCACCGAAGGGGCUGUUGUCCCCAGUAUAUCCAACCUCCUGCGAUUCCCCCAUCCGGAUGCAUUACAUUCACCAGGCUUUGCAAA